AGGCUACGCUCGAGAUGCGGCAGGAGAGCGAGCAGGUGCUCUUUCGCUCGUGCCAAAUUUUGCUGGUCGCUAUAAUAAAAGAGCGAGCGGCGCUCGCGGCGACCACAGUAAUACCACUGAUCUCUAUUUUUCAGUGAGUAAUACGCAUAGAGCUACGUACGAACGUGCGCGCACGUGCACACUGAUGAGAGCGCGCGUACGUACGUAUAUGAUAUGUAGAUCUGUAAACAACAUGGCGGUAGAAAGAGUUUGUGGAGCCAGUGAGAGGAGAUAAAUCACAUCAUUUUGUAGAUUGUUAGCUCGUAUAUACGGAAAGAGGAUGCCUAGAACACGUGAAGGAGAGUUACCUCUUCCAGCAGGAUGGGAAGAGGCACGUGAUGCUGAUGGAAAAAUCUAUUUCAUCGACCAUAGUACGAGAAAGACAUCUUGGGUUGAUCCUCGCGACAGAUUGAUCAAACCAAUGUCAUUUGCAGAUUGUGUAGGUGAUGAGCUGCCAUUUGGAUGGGAGAAAGUUUUUGAUCCGUCAGUUGGAGCCUAUUACAUCAAUCAUUUAAAUCAUACCAACCAAGUAGAAGAUCCUCGGUUAGUGUGGAGGAAGGAAAAGGAGUUCAUGCUAAAGGAUUACCUGCAGACCACCGGCCAGGACUCUCCCCAGGGUAUCACCCAGACAGACCUACAGUCACCUCACUUGCUUGGUGACAUCCAGGAACAUGGAUUGCAUCUCAGCCAGGAAGAGAUACAAAGAUCCAAUGAGGCUCUUAGUGGAUGGCAGUCACAUACAAGCUUGAAUUCCAACAGUUCGAGUGGAAGCACCAAGUAUGAUCCGGAUCUCUUGAAGGCCCAGGUUGCCCAUGCCAAGGCCAGGGUAGCCCAAAUCAAGAACGAGCUAUUCCAGGUCCAGGCACAGAUUUUUAAUAGCCAAGAUAGAGGCAUGAAGCGGUCUGACCCCAGUGUUCAGAUAAGCUCUAAUUCUUUACAAUCUAGUAUGCUAAACCUCAAAUCAGCAAUCAGUGAUCAGGAAUUGCUCAAGUCCAUGUCAAGGCUUGGUCACCAUAUAUCAUCGACAUCCAGCCUACCGACAUCGUCAUCCCAUCCUCAGUUGACGAGUUCAUCCCAGUAUGACUUAUCUCAUUACAAACAAUCUAUCAAUGCAAUGCAGCUGAGACAGUUGAACCAAGAUCCUAGUAGAAGCUUGUCAGUGGGCACUCUCUCGUCAAGCUCCAGUAGAGGAUCUCUUGGUCCAUCAAGUCGAGGAUCAUUGGCCUCUAGUAAAGGUUCUUUAAACAGCGCCCUCAGUAAUUCUGAACUUACCAGCAUCCCAGACAUGAAUGACAUCAUUCAGCAGAAGGUUGAUGCCUUGUUACAGGGUGGCAUUGAGGGAUUAGAUUAUCAGAGUUUGUCUACUACCACUCACAACCACCACCAGACAUCACACCCUCAUUACUACAACAACCAGCAACACCCUCCUCAUCAACAAAUGCAGCACCAUCAACAACAACCGCAGCAAUAUCCCCAGCAGCAACAGCCAAAUACCCGACAAGGGGAACCCUCCGUGCCUUCGUUAUCGCCAAGAUCAUCUCUUUCGUCUAUCUCACCCCCUGCAUCGCCUGGCGGAGGCACGGGGAACAAACCCGGCCCUUCAGGCUCAGCUGGCGAUGCAUCUCAUCAAGGUGGUAAUGCCCUUCUCCAGUAUGAAGGCCGUCCUCCAACGUAUCAACAGCACCUAACAAACUUACACAGACAUAGCAAUAGGACUGAUAUCAAACCCCCUCCUGAUUUGGACGGGGAACAACUGGCAGCAUACCUCUCACAAUUGCAGCUGAGCAUGCAGGAUCCGGGGUCAUCAGGGGUCGGGGGUCAAGGUUCACGGGGAGGAUUUGGUUUAGCCAGACCAGGACUUGAUCUCAAGCAUGCUACUUCAGAGUACAGUAGUCAGGAAGGUUAUCUCAAUGCGCAGCUGAGCCCUAUUAGUGAAGGUGUAGAUUUAUUACCAGGGCAGUCUGUAGCAGCUCCACGAAUGGUAUCAGCAGCUGUGUCUGAUGACUCUAUGGCAGGAGAUAGUGGGGUGUAUGAGGCAUCAGCUAAAAGACCCGAUGAGGCAGCAGGUUCAGAGGAGGUGUACGACCCAGCAAACUUCGACAUGACCCAGAUCCUUCUGGGUUGUCAGUAUGAUCCUCAGGAUGGUCUCAUAGUGAUCACCCUAGACAGCCUCAAGAACUUUAGGGAACUACUACCAUCGCAAAACACUCAGUUUUUUAUCAAAGGCAACAUUCAGCCGUGCCCACCCAACUCCAACCUGAGCUUCCAGACCCCACCCCUCCAACACAUGGGUGCUAGUACCGUUUCCUUGGGCCACAAGGUCACUAUACCUAUCAAGGACACCGAGCUUCAUGCACUCACUCUACAGAUCUACAUCUGUUUCUGUAACCCAGAUGGGCUGGAAGACUGUCUGGCCGGUACUCAGAUCAGUCUCCUAGAUGCCUGCUUGCUGAAUCCUGCUUCUCCGAGGUGGUAUACCCUGCUCAACUUCACCCAGCCAGCUUACCCUCAACAUGACAUAGAUACAAGCAGUGAAGGAACAGCCACAUGCACCAGUACUCUAGAGAGAUCCAGUCAGACUCCUAGUCAUAUGGCAGACAUUUUUGAUACAGCGCUUCCAGUUGAAACAAGAUUACGCUCAACGUCCAUGGACAGUUCACUUCUCACCUACCGUCACCCACCACCUGUUACUCAAGUGCCUCCAGACAAUGCCCACCCUCCCUCAUCUCAGCUACCCUACAACCAUACUCCGCCCCACCCCACCUCUGUCACAGGCUACAUCCCACCCCCUACCACCACCCCCUUCCAUGACUCCCCUUUGGAGGUUGGGGGUGGUGUAAGGGGAGGUGGGGACCCUGGUGCUACUCAAGAUCCUAUUUCCAUGAUGACCAACGGGUACUUGGACUCUGUGACCUCAGACAAGGACCCAGGGGACCAGUUUAGUGAUUUCCCUGGACCAAGUAUAACCAGGUCCAAGACCUUUGGAGGUGGAUCAUCAACAGGGAUGUCGAGACCUGCAAUGGCGAAGCUGAAUCGCAGUGAAAGUGAUGGUGCUAUGAUAACGCCCAGAAUGGGUCCAUUCAAGAGGAAUUCUUUGGAACGCAAGAGCUUACGAUUUAAAAAGAUGGAAGGUCAAGGUAGCCGGAGGUCACCUGACUUACGGUCAACGACAAAGGCAGCUAGGAUGGAGAUAGAAGCACUCAAGACUCAAGAGGCACAACUCAAAGAUGAUCUAUUGAAAUAUAGAGAGAUCAAGAGACAGAUGGAAGAAGUACAAUUAAAAGGUAAUCAGAGAUCUCACCCCCGCAAACCUGACAGCGAUAUCCUCAAGAAACUCCUGGACAGUGCUGAGCAGGAGGCGCUGCGGAAGCAACAUCAAAGAGACGCCAUAGAGCAGAGGAUACCCACCGAGUCUACAUCAAUACCUGAAGCAGAUUUCAUGUUGGGACAUGGCUCCACGGUGAUGAACACAGAGAAAGAAGUCCUGACGUCAGAACUGUGAGCCUCUUAUUGAAGGAAGGUCCUCUGUGGAACCUCUAAAGAUCUCACAUGAAAGCUGUUAUCAGCCUUGCCUGUAUCGCACAGGAACUCAGAUGAUGUCCCUGUGACAAAUGGUGCUAGUGCUGAUCAAAUGGGCUUCCAUCUUCUUUGCUGAUGAAGGUUGGGUUCUGUAUCCACUGUGGGUACAACUUCUAUCUCAUCUGGACCCUGCAAGGUAGUCAAACAACUGGCUUAGGAGACAACAACUCCUCUGAUCCUUGGUAACAUUGUCUUUCUUCAGGUGUUGUAAAUCAGCUUCUAGAAGGAAUGUUCAGCUUGGUUCGUCGGCCUUCAGCAACGUCAUUCUGACGCCAUCCUGACAGAAGCAAAGUCAUGUUGUCCUCGCACUACUGUCAUGGCACUGCUCAGGAGAGAAGGAACAUACGAUACGCUUCACCUGCAUUGUAUGUUUACCAUCUUGGUGAAGUAUAGGUCAGCUAUGCGUUUACAUGGUAAUUUGCAGUAUGUCCUCUGAAGAUUCAACUCAACUUCACUCUUUGCAUUGCUCUUUGUUCAAUAUUUCAUUAAUCUUAGGAGCAAUUAGAAGUUGUUUUUGGAAAUUCAAGCGAAGGUUAUAUUGUGUACAACUAAUGGUCAUUGCUGCAUAAAACCAUGCUUACCAGAUUCUCAUGCAAUUGAUAUUUUGCAUAUCGAGCAAAUGGAGAUCACAUUUUUUGAAGUAUUCAACAUUUACUUAUUCAGACAGUUGAUUCAACCAUCAUAUUACUGUAAGUAGAGAGAGAGAGAUAGCGAGAGUUGAAUAGGAGAAAAAGCUGUUAUGAUGAUGAAGAACAUUUUCCUUUCAAAAAGAAAUUCUGCAAUACUGGGUUUGGAUUUCAACAUUCAGUGCAUUCACAAUGCUUCAAUUUCCAUUAUAUGUCAACAGAAUUUUGUUUUACUUGUUAAAUUUUCAACUUUCUGUUUAUUUCCAUUCCAUUUCACUGAAUUCCAUCUGUAACUAUCUAAAUAUUAAUUGUCAUUGUGGUACACAUAGGGGGAAAAGGUGCCAUCUUGUUAGCUUGUUUAUAAUUGUGCACUUUCCUUUGUGAAUUCCUGUGUAUCUUUUUGACAGCUUUCUUCAAGCUUCUGCUUUAUGUAUUCCAUGUGGUUUAGACAUAUUUUUCUUGUCUAUCCAGCGAUUCAAAAUCAUUCUCAUUCUGUAUUCAGUCUUUCCUACCAAAUCUCUUUGAGCCCCCAAGUUAAUCAUAUAUCUUGCAUUUAAUGCAAAUUUGUCAUCGAUUACUGAUUAACUUCUUGCAACAAGGAGUUAAAGGUAAAAAAGGGUAAUUGCAGGAAACAGUUAUUUCAUGAUAAAGUCUUCUAAAUCAAGGUUAAUUGCCACCAUAUUAUCAUAUAUCUAGAUCUGGUACAUUA